ACCAGGCUGAGGCGGUGUCCGGGAAGUAGAGCGUAGUCUGUUGGGGGAGGCAGGGCUGAGGGGGAGCCGGAUGUGUGCCCCAGGCGAUGCGGCCUGCCGGGCUCUGCGAAAAAAGGUGGCCCUAGGCCGAUGGGAGACGCCCAUUCUGGGCCUGGCCUGGUGGGUUCCUGGUGGGAUGGCCCCUGCCGCUCUCAGCCACCCCCAAAGGGUGCGGAGGGAGAGUCAUCAACAGUCCCCAAAGGGCACGGGAGGGAGCUGCGAUCCCAGGGGGCCCGACUGCGCCAGAUUCAGUAGCCCACCUGACUUCUAAGCAGAUGUUCUCAGGGGUUUCCCCACGUUUCUGUCACCUGGCUCAUUGCUCUUUCUACUAGCAGUGAGUUAAACUGCUCUUGCCAGUGGGUUUUGCACUUCCUAAUUCCCAGGAAAAUGCCCUUUGGCUUUCUGCCGGCUGCCUUCUCCUCCUUUAGUUUGGCCCUUAAGAUUUGACAUUCUGUGGCUGUCCUUGCUGAAAGUAUCCUAUAGAGGAACCUUCAGGUUCAAAUUUCCGAAGCCCAGAUUAUCUUCCCUUUUUGAUUUAGAUCCCAUUUGGCCACACCAUUCAAGCCAUAUAUUGGGGUGCAGUCGUGUCCUGCCUGGUCUUUUGGGUAUACCAUGGUUUCUCUUGUCUAGCAGAUUUCCUACAACAAGAGGUGCGUUUUGAAGUCCUACAGGAACGAGUGUGGUGUAUGGUUGCCAGGCACCAUGGCUGCAAAAGUGGUUCCUAUGCCCCCAAAACCAAAGCGGUCGUUUAUACUGAGAGUUCCUCCAAACUCCAAACUGGGCCAAGAUCUACUUCGAGAUGCCACCGGUGGGCCUAAGACCAUCCACCAGCUGGUGCUGGAGCACUUCCUUACCUUCUUGCCCAAGCCAGGCCUGCUCCAGCCCAGUCAGAAAGUCAAAGAGACCUUGGUUAUUAUGAAGGAUGUGAGCUCAAGCCUUCAGAACAGAGUGCCAUCUCGCCCCUUAGUGAAGCUUCUGCCCAAAGAAGGAGUCCAGCAGGAACAGGAGACAGAGUCGCUGUGUUUGAAAGCUGAGCCUGAGGAGCUGGUGGUCUUUGAGGAUUUGAAUGUAUUUCACUCCCAGGAGGAAUGUGUGAGCCUGGAUCUUGCUGAACAACCCAUCUCAGAGAAAGAAGAAGGUGAUGUUGGGGAGAUGAUGUUGCUAGCAGCUGAUGACAGUAAUCAUGGGGGUAAAGUUCUUCAGAAGGAACCUGCAGGGAAUGAAGGCCAUAGAGAAAAGUCUUCAGAUUGUGAUGAAAUGGAUUGUUCCUUGGUCUCUGAGCAAUCACCAGAUUGCCACAGAAAAGAAAAUCUAAGUUCAUCCAUUCCAAGGGAGAGGAAAUUGAGAAAUCUUUUAGUUACCAUUGAAAAUGAUACUCCACUAGAGGAACUUUCAAAAUAUGUGGACAUCAAUGUUAUUGCACUAACCCGAAAUCGGAGAACAAGGAGAUGGUACACUUGUCCACUGUGUGGGAAACAGUUUAAUGAAAGUUCUUACCUUAUUUCCCAUCAGAGGACUCACACUGGAGAAAAACCUUAUGAUUGUAGUCACUGUGGGAAAAGCUUUAACCAUAAAACAAACCUUAAUAAACAUGAGCGAAUCCAUACUGGAGAGAAACCGUAUUCAUGUUCUCAGUGUGGGAAAAACUUUCGUCAGAAUUCUCAUCGGAGUCGCCAUGAAGGGAUCCACAUAAGAGAGAAGAUAUUUAAGUGUCCAGAAUGUGGGAAAACCUUCCCAGGGAAUGAAGAAUUUGUGUUUCAUCUUCAGAGUCAUGAGGCUGAGAGGCCAUAUGGUUGCAAAAAAUGUGGGAGAAGAUUUGGUCGGCUGUCAAACUGUACUCGGCAUGAGAAAAUCCAUUCAGCUUGUAAGAUCCGAAAGAAGCAGUGGGAUUGGGAAAGUUCUGAUGGUCCUGCCUUAACCUGAAAUGUUUCAUUAGUAAUUCUGAAUUCCUGGGCUGUCUGAAAAGAAGCAGAUAUGUGAAAACCUCAUCAAAGCCAAAAUUGGGUAAAUACCCAUCUUGGCUGAAACCUCAAAUAGUUAGAAAAUUCACAGGGAAGAAAACAUCCUCAAGGGCUGUACCUCAGCAUCCGGGCUUUUUGGACUAAGGAGCUUUCUUUUGUGAAGUUGUACAACAGUGUACAGAUCCCUUUCCCAAGAAAGACUUUGAAUGUGAGUCUGGAGGCUUUACCUGCAAAGCAAACAGAGUGACUCAUCUCUACUGAGAAUAUACCAGUUUUUUUUUUCCCCCACAUAGGAAUCAACACUUGAAAAGAGUGAAAAUAAAGCAAAGAUCUCUGUCUAGAACCACAUUAUUCUGAAAGAACCAAACUACUGAUUUGUUAAGUCAACAAUUUAUGUCAGCAAUUGGUAUAACCCUUUAAGAACAACCUGUUAAAGAUUGAGUGUUGAAAGGGAUUAUUUGCUUUGGAAUAUAGAAAAACAACAGCAACUGAAUGUCAAAGACUUACUUGAUUAUUUUUAUGUUGUCCUAAACUGACAGUAAAUUUCAGUAAAUGUUUGCAAUCUGUGGUGAAAAUUGACUGUUUUACAGAAAUCCUUUUCACAACUUUAAAGGGACUACUGUGAAUUCUAUAUUUUGUUCAGCUAUUAAUAAUCUCUCAGUCAGCUGUCUUUCACUCUGAGAAAUGCCUCUCCCAUAUAGAAAGAACUUUGGAUGGCUCAGGCCCAGCCACCCAGCCCCACCACUGGAAAAGCUCUCCAGAAUCCUGUCCCUCUGCUGAGCCAAGAUCUUACCUGCCAGGAAGGAAACCCCAAGAGCCUGAAGAGGAGAGCCAGACCUGGAGACAGGAAGAAGUUGACUUAGAUCCGUGGUUGGUCAAUAAGCUCACCAUGUUCCCCUCUCAGCAGUCCUCCUGCCUUUGGCAGUGGAUGGUCACCUACCUCAGAAGGCAAUGUGCUUUAGUUGUAGAAAUCACGCCUUUGGUGGUUCACUCACACUGCCCUCCAGAGAGAAGACUGCACAUGUCUUCAGGAGCAUGGGUGUUUGUUACGGUCUUUGGCCUGAUACCCAGACCCUCCUGAGGUACCUGCGCAGAGGCAAGGCCAGCGGUGCCUUCACGGACCAAUCCUGUGGUGUGAAUCUAGGCAUUCUGUAUCACUUUUGCUUUUUUUGGGUUUCUCAAAGUUUUACAUUGGGAUUUUGAUUGGAAUUAGAUUAAUCCUAUAAACCAUUUAGAAGAAGUAUAAACUUUACAUAAUUUGUUUUUUGUUUCCCAUCCAGAAACAUGCCUUUCCGUUUAUUAAGAGUAUUAUGUUCCUGAGUAAAUUUGUCUGAUUUUCUUCAUGUAAGUCCUACACAAUUUUGUUUAUUGUAAAUAGCUUUUUCCACUGUAUUUUUCUAGUUAUGCCUAUUCUUACAUAGGAAAGUUAUUUUUAAUUAUGUAUUUGUAUAGCCAACCACCUCACUGAAUAUUAUUUUCAGUAAUUUCUCAGUUUAGUUCUCUGUUAUGAUUAAUGUAAAAUUCUACCAUCUACAAAUACUAGUUUUGUUUCUUCCUUUCUACCUAUUGGCUUUUGGGUUUGGUUUUGUUUUCUUUUGUUCUAAGCAGUUUUUUUGAGGUAUAUUCACACACCAUACAAUUCAUCUAGAGUAUACAAUCAGUGGUUCACAGUCUCACUUUCAUGGUUUUUUUUUAAACAUGCAGUUCUAAAUUUAGUUGUUUUGAUACAAGGCCUAUUAAAAGAAAAAAAAGAUGCAAUUCAGCACUGAUUGCUAACUAACCACCAUCACCACUUAAAGGGCUUAGAAGAACUUUCCUUUAAUGACUUUCAAGCCAUCCUUUAAAAUUAGGGGCAAAACAAGGCCGCCAACAACGUAUUCCCUUAUUCCCAAAAUCUGGGCCAACUCACCAGGACAGGGAUUGUGUGCGACUGUGAUACAAGGGGACAGGCAUGCGGCAGCUGGACAGUGACUGGGGAGGUCAAGGGGCCGUGCACCCAGGAUGGCAGGUCCCUGGGACGAAACCACCUGAUGCCCCGCCCAAGGCUGGGCAGUGGCCAGUCUUCCCACAGUCAUGGCCAGAGAGUCGCAAGCCAGCUCCCUGGCAGACUGGGGACCCUGGGGUUAUGGCCACCAUCCACCUGGGCCAGCCUGAUUUCCACACCGCCCACCAUACCAGGUGUUCAGACUCUGCAGAGGAUCCAGAGAGCAGAGGAGGCGGGCUCCACGAUGAGGAGCUGCCCCCUCCCUGGGAGUAGCUGCAGGGGCCACAAGAGAGAGCAAGCAUGCAGUAAGGAGCCCCAAAAUCAGUGAAAUGAAAAAAAAAAUUAAUAGUUUUCCAGUAUAGCAGCCAAAGCCAGUUAGAAAAUAUGAAAUACCAUAAGACCCAAUUCCAAUAGCAACUACAAAUCAGGAGUACUCAUUUCAUAAACACAGAGCAGGACUGGAUUUUAAAGGGGAGCAUGCUUUGAUGGAGUCUCCCUUGGGGUCUGGGUGGAGCAGAAACUCAGUAAAUGUGGUAAAUAUAUCUGUAGCUACGAAGGGCAGCAAGCACUGGAAAGGAAAAGGGUUCUUGGAGAGUGUUACAGGUGGGUAUUCCAGAAGGGCAUCUGGAGAAGUGGGGACUAGAAGAAUCAGAUGGCAGUGG